UUGCAGCACACGUUUCCAACCGGAAGUAUUUUCGAGGCGCACACUUUACAAUGGCAACAUGUUUGCAGAGUAGCGGUGAUAUUGAUGAAACUAACGAUCCAGGAGCCGCUCCCUAUGGCAACUUUAUAAACUAUUACACCUUCAAUCCUCCGGAUAACCGUUUGAGCCUGAUUCCAGCCACAUUACUCCAGGAUUUAGGUUAUGGAGACGGCCACGAGACCACACUGAUCCUGGACGUGGGGUGUAAUUCCGGGGAACUGAGUGCAGCCUUUUACAAGCAUGUAAUGCAGGAGUCUGUGUGCCAAGAGUCAGAUAAGUGGAAAGUUAAUCUCCUUGGCUUCGACUUGGAUGAGCUCCUCAUUCAGAGGGCUCAGCAGAACAACCCUCUGCCUCGCAGCAUCUCCUUCAUCCCCCUGGACAUCACUAAAGACACUGACCAGCUGCAGGAUUACCUGGACCACCACGGCUGCUCCCACUUCCACCUGUGUCUGUGCCUGGCUGUUACCAUGUGGGUCCACCUAAACCACGGAGACGCCGGCCUGCUGCAGGUGCUCUCUCGCCUGGCCUCCAUCAGCCAGCACCUCCUGUUGGAGGCGCAGCCCUGGAAGUGCUACCGCUCUGCGGCCCGGCGGCUGAGGAAGCUGGGCCGCUCGGACUUUGACCACUUCAAGACCCUGAAGAUCCGUGGGGACGUAGCAGAACAUGCCCGGGAGCACCUGGAGAGAAACUGUGCCAUGGAGCUCAUCCAGAGCUUCGGCAGCACUACAUGGGAUCGCAAGCUGCUGCUCUUCAAAAAGAGAUGAAACUGAAACGACAUCAGUUAUCAUAUCCCGCUGCACCUAAGCUGCAGGGACAGGAUCAGGAAGACCAAAGAAAUCAAUGUUGGGAAUGAGAGAAAAGUAAAGUUAAUUUGUUUAGUUGACAAUAAUCUGCAAUGAUGAUGACAAGGUCAAGUCACUCACACACACAAUCAAACUGGAUAAAUUGUUGCAACUCUAAAAGAAAAAGGGGGGCAAGCAGUAGCACAUUUAAAACCUUGAAUUAGUUUUUGAAUUGUGUAUUAAUUAAAAUGCGGUUAACCUGGCUAAACAACUGUUUACUUUAUGUAUACAAUCAUGAAAUGAUAAAACAGUUAUUAUCAAGCAGCUACAUCUUUCUGUAUCAGCGCUGCCUGAACCACAGUGCACAUAAUGCAGAACUAGAAUACGAAACUUAAGCACAACAUGUUCCUUUUCAUCAUUUUAAUUACAGAAUACUAAAAAUAACAUUACAUAAAAUGUCUUUUUAAAAGAAACCAUUGAAUAUUACAAAGGUUGUAAAUUUUGUAAAGUUAGGAUAUAAAAUCUUUGAACAGUGGUGCAUAAUUGAAAAGAAAAAUAAUUUUCAUAAAAUGUAUAUAUUAACUGUUCUACUACAUAAAAAAUGAGAUGGACACAAAUCGCAGACAGACGAGAUGAGUAGACACCGCCAUUACCGCAGUGAGCUCUCCUUUCAAGGGAAGAAAGACUUGAGAUGCACAGCACACACCACAAUCAGCUUAAGUUCUCAAAUUAUGUCUAGUUUCAAAAAAGAAGAAAAAAGGGGUUACCAUUUACAACAAUAAACAAAAAAGCUUCAGAGACUACAAAAGUGACUUGGUGACUUCUCCCAAAAUGUAUCACAUCUCAAAUCAGUAAAAACCUGACUAAACUGGCCUUGGUUUCAUAAACACUAACCGUUUCCCACAGGUUUAAGCUGUACAAAAGAGUUGCAAAAUGUUGAGAGGCCUCAUACUUAAAAUCAUUCCAUCAAGACAGGGAAAUAAUGAUGCUGAUGAGCUGCCUCUCAGUCUCAUCACACAUCCGUUCCUAUAACCUACUGUACAACUGGUCAGUCAGAUCCACUGAAAGUUACCAUGGUCACAAAUCAUUAUCAGGUCAACCUUGAGGAAUUGGAAGAGACUAUACACAAGGGGGGGGGGGACAUGCAUAAUCGAACAAUGUGCUUGCUUUCUUCCACUUCUUUCUGAGAUUUACGUCACCCUGUGUCACUUUGUCAUGAGCCCUUAAGAUGUUUUAGUCAACACCAAAGAAUCACCCGUCGAGGAUAUUCAGAGCCCGCUUGAACCGUGGAUGUCCCUCUACAUGUAAGCCACACUGGCCAGUCGUGUCCAAACAGAGGUAUUUAUUUGUCCCCUGCCAUUUGGGAGACGGUUUGUGUCACAUUAUUGGUAAACAGACACGAGGGGAGCAAUCAACGGUUUAUUAAGGUGUUCUUUUAAGAUAUGGGUUUAAUCAAGAGUUACGCUGAGUGGCAGAAUCACUGUUCCUUCUGUGCAGCAGUAGUGGUUUCAGUGGCCCAUGAAGACCAGGUGGAGAAAUGCAGAGAAAGAGUGAAGAGAAGGUAGAACGGAAACAGACGAUAACCCAGAGGACAUCUCAGAAGACAAAGGCCGUCUGAGACAACAGCGGCAUUUACGAGGAAAUGAGGCGAGAGACACCAGCAGAGCUACUUGGUUUGGCUGGUCUGUUGCUCAGACAGCUGGAGUUUUUUUUCACCAGGGAUCCAGGAGCUGCUGCUUAUCAUGUAAGCUAAUAAUGCUGUUUAGGUUUAGAUGAGUCCCCCUGAGUUAGUGCACACGUCAGAGUCAGGCAGGCCUUGCCCGCUUGUUCGUUAAGAAGAAAUCCACAAAGAGAG